AAGUCCAAACACAUAUAUACAAUUAUCUCUCUCUGUCAAUAUAUAUACCCAUAUAUCUCAUUCAUUUUUUUGUCAAAAUACUUGGAGCUUGGUCUAUUAUUCUUGUGUGUGUGUGCAUCAUCAAAAAGAAAGAGAUAUAUACUGAAGAAAUAUAAUGAAAAUGAGGAGGAAUUGUAACUUGGAACUCCGGCUUGUACCGCCUUCUGCACCUCUCCGUCCGGCCGAUUACAACCACCACCACCGCCUCCAUCACUUCCAACCCACGUUGGAUUUGUUAGGUGGGAGUCCGAAUGAGAGACAACAGGAACAGCCGCUAACGAUUUUCUAUAACGGAAUGGUUAACGUUUCGGAUGUUACAGAGCUUCAGGCUAGAGCCAUCAUGAUGGUUGCAAGUCGAGAAAUGGAGGAAAAACUUAAGAGCCUUCUGGGUCCGGAACCCUCCUCACCAUUGCAACAAUCUCCGUUGUGUAGCCCUAGUACUGGUCUUUCCAUGAAGAGAUCUUUACAACGGUUCCUUCAUAAACGAAAGAAUCGGAUUCAAGCAACAUCUCCUUAUAAUCACUAGUCACUUUUGAGUUAAUUUCAGAGAGUUUUGAUUCAUUGAAGCCUUAAGGAAAUGCUUUUUUAGAGUUUCUUGAUAAAAAUCCUUCAUUCGAAAAUAAUAUCCCAUGUAAAUCAUGUAUUAGCUAGGGCAGGUCUACAUUCAAAUUAUUAAAAGAAAACAAUUUUAUGAUUAGUUUAUUACAUGAGUUGCUUUGCCUAACACUGAUUGUUCAGAUCAUUUGUUACUUUGGAAUUGUCAAGGAAGCUUUUGAUUACAUGAGUUUUUUUUGUUUUUGUUUUUGUUUUUGUUUUUGUUUUUGUUUUUUUUUAAGGUCAAAAACUCAAAUUUAUCAUCUAUUUUCAAUAGAUCUACUCAUUUAAACUUAUCAAAUUUUGAACAAAAGAGAAUUUUAGUACAUUACUACGGUUAUUUCCACAAAAUACAUUUAGAUACAAAUUUUGCAGACAUUAUUGGCAAUAUAUCUAAUGAUAUCAAUAAAUGGGUGGUUUACUGAUUGAACUAGGUGAUGGGUGAUUGGAUUGUAGGUGAAGGGCUAGAUCUCUAUCCUCACCAACUCUUGCAAAGCAAGCCCUUUGGACGUACUCGGGGAGUGUCUUUUCCAUGGGCCGUCCAAUGUCCACUCUUGUAAAAGCCUUACGGAGAAGACGAUGGAGAAUAAGAUUUUCAAAAUAUCUUACCUCGCAUGGUAUACUUCCCUUAUAUAUGUACGCGUGAUCAAUAUCAUCUAGAAGAUUUCUCUACAUGAUUGAGGAGAAAUUUCUUUAGGCCUUGUCAAAAUGGGGAGCAUCAUAAGUCCCUUUCCAUAUAUGCAUGAUCUCUGGGACGUAAGGGUUGUGCUAGAGACCAAGAAUCCCAACAAAGAAAAGUAUAAAGAAAAACAAUAUGUGAUCUAGAUUCAUAGUAAGUGUGAACCACACAAUGCAAGAAUUAAAUAUAGAGCACAUGCUUUUCUUU